AUGCCGUUGUUCUCGGUCAACCGUAUGAGGAAUGGUGCUCAGUGCCCGUAUCAACUCGGUGCUCGUGGGGUGAAGUGCCGUGGUGCACAUCCCUCUCCCGGGGUGCCGUCGGAGUCUGUGGAUAAGGAGAAACAAGCAUUAAUGUCGCCUGGAGCUCCGUUGCAACUCCCCGCUGUUCUCCUGGCUUUUAUGGGCAGCGCGAACGAGCUCCAGUUUCUCAUUCAGAGUCUUCGGGUUGGACUCGUCCCAUCCAUGCCUGGGCUCUGUGGAACAAGCAUGGAGAAGGAAUGGGGAUUACUUGGCUUUCUUGUUCUGUCAUUAAGUUUUCUUGUCAGCAAUGGCCAAAACAUUGUCUGUGCACAGAACACAGUGGCUGACAUUGUAUUCCUGGUGGAUGGUUCAAACAGUAUUGGGCCGGCGAACUUCCAACAAAUCCGUGAAUUCCUCUCCUCGCUCGUAGAGAACUUUGAAGUUGCUCCUGACAGAAUCAGGAUCGGUUUGGUCCAGUACAGUGACACACCGUAUACUGAAUUUUCACUCAGCACUUACCAGAACAAAGAGGAAAUUCUCAGCUACAUCAAAAAUCUUCGUUAUAAAACCGGCGGGACGUUUACUGGCAAGGGUUUGGAGUUCAUGCUGAAACAACACUUUGUUGAAAAGGCCGGAAGUCGAGCACAGCAGAAUGUUCCUCAGAUUGCCAUUGUUAUCACAGAUGGUGACUCUCAAGAUGAGGUCAAGUCACAGGCUCAGGAGCUGAGGCAAAGGGGAAUCAAAAUAUUCGCCAUUGGGAUCAAAGAUGCAAACGAGACGUUACUGAGACAGAUCGCGAGUGAGCCGUAUGAUCAGCACGGCUACAGCGUAUCAGAAUUUGCAGCUCUGCAGGGAAUCUCUCAGAGUGUAAUCCGGAAAGUGUGUACCGCUGUAGAGGAAACACAAAAAGAGGUCAUCCUGAUGUCAAGAGGUAUUUUUUAG